GCAGUUUGGCUUCAUCAUAGCAGACGAAAAGUGUAGUUGGAGCCAUCACAAAAUGCCACGUGGCUAGGCUACACGUGGUUUUUCGAGAAGGGCGUGGUCAGGAUCACUAUGGAAAGAAUGACUAGGUUAUUGACAUGCCUAGACAAGGCCUUGACAUUGAUUGGGAGAGGUCUGAGGUCAAAGCAGCACGUGGGAGAGACGCUCAAGGAGUCCGGAAUAGGAGAGGGAGUUACCUUCAUACGCUAGGCAGACGUCCGGGAUGUAAGGCGGAUAGUACCAACACGAAGUAUUUGGCUUUGGAGAUGGGAGAGUUUCAUAACGGAUCAAGGUUUCGAGGCUUUGCCGGCCGACUCAAUUCACAUUGCAUUAUUUUUGACGCAUUUAUUCGACAAUGGUUCUUCAACUGCAGUGACGGAAUCGGCCAUGUACGCCAUCAAAUGGCAUGGGCGCACGAUCUCACCGGAUUGACAGAUCCUACCAGGAACGUCUUUGUCAGAAAUGUUGCGGAAUCAGCAAGACGAACUGUUAAAGCUCACGUUAAGAAGAAGGAACCUGUGACUUCACAGAAGCUUAUCAAGCUAUGUGACAUUUUCAAAGACUGUAAAGAUUUAUUGAUUGUGAGGGACCUCACAAUGAUUUUGUUGAGUUUCGUCGCAUUUUAAAGAUUUAAUGAAUUCGUUUGCUUUGUUCGGAUAUUUCAAUUAGGGACGAUCAUUUUUAGAUAAAAAUAAGAAAGAGUAAGACUGAUCAGUAUCGUCAAGGGGACGAAGUUGUCGUUAGUAAGGGCACUACUUCAGCAUGUCUAUGCUCCUUCGUUACGCUGAUCUUGCCAGGAUCGAUUUCGAGUCGGAGGAUUAUUUGUUUAAGCAAGUAAUGCGAUCGAAAACGCAGUGCAGAUUGAUUAUUAAGCGCAAACUUUUGAGUUACACGGCGGUUCGGGAGUCUGUUUUACUUUAUAUAUAUUUAUAUUUAUUUAUAUGAAUUAUAAUAUUGUAAGUACUUAUCCAUAGCUGCUGUUAUGUCUAUAAGGAGACGGAUUUACAUAAGUACUAUGUACUUGUUUCUGGAUCCUUUUCUGUAUCU